UCUUUUGGCCGAGUGCUGCGCGUCAUCUUUUCCCGCCGGUUUACUCACUCUCACUUAUCACCGAAUUGGGCUGCCGAUUAAAUUCGACAACGCACGGCUCGCUGAAUUGAAUGGCAAUGCUUCAAAUACAUACUGUUAGCAUCAUACUGUUCUGACAUCAUUGACAUCACAUCUUUUUAUGAAAGAGAGUUGGUUGGUCAUGUCAAUAUUAAGAGUACAUGGGUAGACGCUUAAGCGCACGCUAAGCUUGAUCGUAAAAAGGUCCGUGUGCCUGAAUGCAUGCAUGAAGCGAUAAGGUGUUGUUCUCUUCUCCACCACGAACUUGCGAAUGAUUCCUUCAAUUUCAUACACUUUGUCAUCAAAGAACUUCUCUGAAGCUUUGCUAGAGGCUGCUACCGAUUAUGGUUUCUUUUAUUUAACAGACGCUCCUAUCGAUUGGAAGUUGGUAGAUGAAGCAUGGAAGAGCAGCGACAACUUCUUCUUACAUGCAAGCCAAGAAGAAAAGUUGGUAAGCAGAGAUCGGGAAGGACAUACGGGAUAUACCGCAUUUCAAGAAGAAAAGUUAGAUCCCAACAAUACCACAAUUAGCCAAGGAGACUUCAAGGAAAGCUUCUAUAUUGCUCAACUAUCGCCUAAACCUCGUCAGACCCUACCACCAACGCUCGAAAAAGAUCACAAAAGUCUGGAGCAGCUCUUUGAAGCGUGUAGACUGAUAUGCGGAACGAUCCUUGAAGCAUUUGCGCAAUCGAUCGACCUAGAUGAUCAACAGUACUUUUCAAGCAAACAUACUGCAUUUCAUGAUCGUUUGCGUCUGAUUCACUAUCCACCUACCGAUGUAGGACAAGAAGGCUCGUCGAUAAGAGCAGGAGCGCAUACAGACUAUGGCAGUAUAACACUGCUCUUUCAACAUCAAGUAAGCGGCCUACAGGUAUGGCGAGAGAAUGAAGGAAAAUGGCUAGACGUUGCACCUCAGCCACAUGCAAUCGUUGUAAAUGUUGCAGACGCUUUGGAAUUUUGGACAUCCGGAGUGAUGCAAAGCGUUCAACAUCGUGUUGUGAUGCCAAGAACGGAUGAUGAAGCUGUUUCUCGAUUUUCAAUCGCUUAUUUUUGUCAACCUGAUGAUGAUGCAAUCUUGGCUCCUAAACCACUACAAGAACAUCUUGUAAAGAUUCAACGAAAACGGUCUCAGGAACAGUAUGAGCGGGAACUUAAACGGAAAGGAAUUUCUUCCCCUUCAGCUCGAUUGACCGGCGGACAACAUUUACAGUCUAGGCUGAAGGCUAGCUAUACGUGAUCUUUUUACACCUUCAAGUGGGGGUACUAGAAGUCAAUCAAACUGUAUCGAGUAAGAGAUAAGAAACAGCAUACUACAAAUCAAUUCAGUG